GUGUGUGUGUGCGCGCGCGCGCAGGUUGUCACAACGUGGUUUUUGUCAGACAAGAAGUUCUUCCUGGCUGGUCGUCGUCUCGUUAUGGUGCACGGUGGAGGUACCGUUCCAAGUUGAUGGUGGUGCGGGUCUUCACCAGGCUUUUAGCGGAAGUGGAGGGGCGCACGUGCACGUGAAGAUGUGCCGAGGCGCGGCGGACUUUUUGCUUCUCGCUCGCCUUCGUCUUUUUAUUCAUUUGGUUCUUGUUGUGGUUUUGAUGCCGGACGCGCUCUGCACGCCAACCGACAGGAAAGUGUGUCAGGGGAUGAGCAACCAGCUAUCGUUGCUGGGCACGCGCGAGAACCACUAUGACAACAUGGUGCGCAUGUACAGCAACUGCUCGGUGGUCCUGGACAACCUGGAGGUGACGUACACCCUGGACCACCAGAACCUCUCCUUCCUGCAGUCCAUCCAGGAAGUGGGCGGCUACGUGCUGGUGGCCAUGAACGAGGCCCGCAUCGUCCCGCUACCCAACCUGAAGCUGAUCCGAGGUCAGAACUUGUACGAGGGCAAGUACGCCCUGUUGGUCAUGUCCAACUACAACCGCAACCACUCGGCCGGUGCGCUGAACUUCACGGGCGGGCUGGCGCAGCUGCAGCUCAGCAACUUGACCGAGAUCCUUCGAGGAGGAGUGAAGGUGAGCCAUAAUCCCUUGUUGUGCAACAUGGACUCCAUCCAGUGGUGGGAUGUGGUGGACAAAAGCAGCAAUCCCAGCAUGCUUUUCAAGAAGGACGACUUUGCGCGCAAAUGUGAGCCUUGCCAUCCCUCGUGCAUCAACGGCUCAUGCUGGGCGGCCGGACCGGAACACUGCCAGAUAUUCACCAAGUUGUCGUGCGCCGAGCAGUGCAGUCGAAGGUGCCGCGGGCCCAAACCCAGCGACUGCUGCAACGAACACUGCGCGGCGGGCUGCAGUGGCCCACGGGCCACCGACUGCCUGGCCUGCCGGCUAUUUAAUGACGACGGCACCUGCAAAGACGCUUGCCCCCCCGAGAAGCUCUACGACCUCAAGACACAUCAAGUCGUCAACAACCCCAAUGCUAAGUUCACCUAUGGCGCCACCUGCGUCAAGGCCUGUCCACGCAACUACGUGGUGACGGGAGGUUCGUGCGUGCGCACGUGUGGCGCCGGCAUGUUCGAGGUGGAUGACGACGGCAUCCAGCGAUGCCGCACCUGUGAGGGAGCUUGUCCCAAAGUUUGCGACGGGGUGGGCGUGGGCGCUCUGGUCAACACCAUUGCCAUCAACGCCUCCAACAUCGAGUUCUUUCAGAACUGCACCAAGAUCAAUGGUGACAUCUUCCUCAUCGAGACCUCCUUCACCGGAGACGCCCACUACAAGAUCCCGCCAAUGGACCCGGCCAAGCUGGAAUACUUCCGGACUGUCAAGGAAAUCACAGGAUUUUUGCUGAUCCAGGCGUGGCCUGAGAACCUGACGUCUCUCGCCGUCUUCGAGAACCUGGAGAUCAUCCGCGGCAGAACCACACGAGCGCAACACAGCUUGGCCGUGGUGAGGGCCCACAACCUCCACUGGCUGGGUCUGCGCUCCCUGAAGGAGGUCAGCGCCGGAAAGGUGACGCUCAAGGACAACCCUCAGCUCUGCUACACGCGCAGCGACCAGUGGACUCGCCUCUUCCGAUCUCCAGACCAAAUGGUCACCGUGAGGAAUGUGGCCUCGCCGCAACUCUGCCAAGAACAGAACCACACAUGUGACCCAGAGUGCUCCCAAGAAGACUGCUGGGGGCCCGGCCCCACCAUGUGCAUGUCGUGCCGGCAUUUUGAGCGUAGGGGGCGCUGUGUGGCCUCAUGCAACCUGCUGCAGGGGGAGCCCAGGGAGCUGGCGCUGAACGGAAGCUGUGUGGAAUGUCACCCCGAGUGUCUCCCCACCCAGGGGGCGCCCACCUGCCACGGACAGGGUCCCGACCAAUGUUCCCAGUGCGCUCACGUCCAAGAUGGCCCCCACUGCGUGCCGCGCUGCCCUCAUGGCGUGAUGGGAGACGGCGACAUCACCAUCUGGAAAUACGCUGACGCCCAAGCCCGCUGCCAGUCGUGUCACCAGAACUGCUCUGAGGGGUGCACGGGGCCAGGAUUGUCGGGAUGCUUCGGUGCUGCCAGGCACUCCACGUUGGCGGUGGGCGUGGUCAGUGGGCUCCUGCUCGUCGUCAUCUUAUCAUUGGUCGUCUUCGUCUUGCUCCGGCGACGCCAAAUAAAGAGAAGGAGGACCAUGCGGCGCCUCCUGCAGGAGAGAGAGCUAGUGGAGCCACUGACCCCCAGCGGCCAGGCCCCUAACCAGGCUCUGCUGAGGAUGCUGAAGGAGACGGAGCUUAAGAAGAUCCGGGUUCUGGGCUCUGGAGCCUUCGGAACCGUCUUCAAAGGACUAUGGAUCCCUGACGGCGAGGACGUGAAGAUCCCAGUUGCCAUUAAAGUUCUCAGAGAGGCUACAUCCCCAAAAGCCAACAAGGAAAUCCUGGAUGAGGCGUACGUGAUGGCCAGCGUGGACCACCCCCAUGUGUGCCGCCUGUUGGGAAUCUGCCUGACGUCAUCUGUGCAGCUGGUGACGCAGCUGAUGGCGUACGGCUGCUUGCUGGACUACGUGCGGCAGCACCAGGAACACGUGGGCGCACAGUGGCUGCUAAACUGGUGCGUCCAGAUCGCCAAGGGAAUGAGCUACCUGGAAGAGCGCCACCUGGUGCAUCGAGAUCUGGCGGCCAGGAACGUGUUGGUGAAAACGCCCAAUCACGUCAAGAUCACAGACUUCGGUCUUGCCAAACUUCUGACGGCCGACGAGAAAGAGUACCACGCGGAUGGAGGAAAGGUCCCCAUCAAGUGGAUGGCCUUGGAGUCCAUCCUCCAGUGGACGUACACGCAUAAGAGUGACGUUUGGAGUUACGGCGUGACCGUGUGGGAGCUGAUGACAUUUGGGUCCAAGCCAUACGACGGCAUCCCGGCCGGCGAGGUGGCGUCGCUUCUGGAAUGCGGUGAGCGCUUGCCACAGCCGCCCGUCUGCACCAUCGACGUCUACAUGCUCAUGGUCAAGUGUUGGAUGAUCGACCCGUCCAGUCGGCCCAACUUCCGGGAACUCAUUGUGGAGUUUUCCAAGAUGGCGCGGGAUCCCAGCAGGUACCUGGUACUGCAGUGCGAGCCGCCCAGCCCGUCCGACAGCAGGUUCUACUCGCGCCUGCUGAGUUCAGACGACGCAGACGACAUGGUCGACGCCGAGGAGUACCUGCUGCCCUUCAAAGGCCCCGGUGGCCAUAGCGAGACCCCCUGCGGCGCCGCGGCUCAUCCUGCGCGAGCCAACAGUCUCGCCAUGCGCUACAUCAGCGACCCCACUGGAAAUGUGCUUGACAAAGACCACCUCGGUGGACACGACUACGUGAACCAGGGUGAGGGUGGUGGCGGCAGGAGAUCAGACUUCCACAACCCCAACUAUGAAGAUGCCAGCGCAUUUUGGGGCUCUGCUUGGGCUUCCUUCUCACAGGAGGACACAAAGGCCGGCCCCCAAGUCCAACACGGACCUGAAUACUUGAAUACGGCACAAAACUCGCUGCCCCGUGCCGCCAGCCUGGACAACCCCGACUACCAGGCCGACUUCCUGCCAGGGCCGGCACCGCCCGACGCUUUGUUUGUGCCGGCCGCUCAGAACCAUGAGUAUCUGGGCUUGGCCACUGCCGUGCAGACGUCCACCUGCUAGGGGGCGCUGGAACACCAAAAUAUUGACUCAUGAGCUCUCGCAAGUUUUAUUUUAUUUUUAAAUCUCAGAAGAGCAUUCCAGAACUCAAGUGAACAAAAGGAGAAAAACAAGAUGAAGACUCAUUUAAGUCUUGAUGAUCGUGCAUGCCACACACACCCGCAUGUUGUUUGAACAUGUUUGUUGAAUGUUGACCAUCCACUGCUCUUUGUAUGUAGCUUUAGUGUGUAGCUUUUUAGUUUUAAUUUAUGUAAAUUUAUUAUUGUUAAGUUUGGAAAGAAGAACAUGUGAAUUUGUUGUCUUAAAAUGUUCAAUCAA